AUGCGACUCAUGCUCGAGGACGAUCGAACGUACGUUCCCUUGAAUCGUGAUCCCACUGCAAAAGUGCAAAGGGACUUGCAGAAGCUACUGGCUGACGGAUUUCGGUUUGUGCCUCCUCAGCAAAAGUCGCUGUAUUUUUCUCUUCUGUGUAACAAUGGCUCCGCUCCCGCUCUGUACGGAUUACCCAAGAUACACAAGGAGGGCGUCCCUAUGCGCCCAAUUGUCGACUUCACCCGCUCGCCUCUCCACAAGUUAUCGAAUUACCUUCACAGGAUUAUCUCCCCUUUGGUCGGCAAAACUGAAACGCACGUACGGAACUCGUACGACUUUAUUGAAAAGGUUCGCAACACGGUCCUACAUGACGACGAGAUCAUGGUGUCCUUCGAUGUGAAGUCACUUUACACAAGCGUGCCCAUUGACUUGGCCGUCAAGGUCUGCACUGACGCUCUCGAAUCGGACCCAAGUCUUCCAGAAAGGACACCGCUCGAGGCUCCAGAUCUCAGCAGACUUCUAGAGUUUUGUCUGAGCAACACAUACCUCACGUCCCAGAAAAAGUUCUUCAAACAAGUCCAUGGAACCGCAAUCGGAGCCUCGAUCUCAGUCACCGCAGCGAACUUGGCAAUGGAGUCACUGGAGUCCCGUGCCCUGUAUAGUUUCAACCCACGUCCAAGGGUAUUCCUACGCUACGUGGACGACUGUUUCUCAGUGGUUAAGAAGUCUGCUUUGAGCGCUUUUCUUCUGCACCUUAAUAGCAUGGAUCCAGCCAUACAGUUCACGACAGAGGAAGAAGUUAAUGGUCGUCUGCCAUUUUUGGACGUGCUCGUGAAACGCGACGGCAGUAGAUUGUCGUUCAGUGUCUUCAGGAAGGAAACUCACACUGGCAAGUACCUAAGUUUCAGCUCUGUGCACCCGAUGUGUCAGAAGAAGUCGGUGGUCGCUUCACUUGUACGUAGGGCGGAGAAACUUUCCUCAACUCCGGAGAACCAAGCGGCCGAGCUAGACACGAUACGCCGUGACCUCUCAUCUUCGGGCUACCCCAGUUCGCUCAUUCAAGCUGUUAAAAAGAGCCUAGCUCAUCCUACGCCAAAUGACUCUCAACAACACAAUGACAAGGGGAAGAGAAAAGAGAUUCCUGUGUCGUACGUCCCCGGCAUAAGCGAAAGUUUGUCCCGAAUCCUUCGGGGGUAUGAAGUCGACGUCGCUAACGUGCCUACGCGCAAGCUCAGACAAGCUGUGGGGACGGUGAAAGACAAACUCGAUAAGGAGAAGUUCCCGGGCGUCGUGUACAGAAUUCCUUGCGCCGAUUGUAAUCAAGUCUACAUCGGUGAAACAGGCGACUUUGGAAAAAGAAUUAAACAGCACAGCUAUGACGUGAAAACCAAGCACGUGGCAACUAACGGGCUAGCUGAGCACGCGGUGUCCACGAGCCAUGACAUCGACUGGGAUAGCGCGAAGAUAAUAGGAAAAGAAAAGAACAAAACAGCUAGGCUUCAUCUUGAAUCCCUUCACAUUCAGACGACCGAUAACACGCUCAACCUCAACUCAGCUGUUGGCUACCUUGGAACGCGCAUAACACCGUGGUUGAUUCGCACCCUUGGUUUCGGCCCCACUGGCGUGCAGCCAGAAACAGUGGCGUCAUGGCUCCAGGGGAAGUACAAGGGAAACGUCCCGAAGAACGGGUACUUCGGCGUUCUUCAGAAGUGGGGCGUGUCCGGCGUGCCGGAAGUGCUCACUCUCAGUUCUUUCCUCGUGGCGGCAGGCAUCGGCUACGUCAUCUACUAG